ACGGGUGGACCUGACAACUUGUUUGUGAACUACCUGUCCAGGAUCCACAGAGAAGAGGACUUUGCUUUUAUCCUGAAAGGGAUCACACGCCUGUUGAACAACCCUUUAAUGCAGACAUACUUACCUGGGUCAGCCAAGAAAAUUCAGAUCCAUCAGGAACUGCUUGUUCUCUUUUGGAAGAUGUGCGACAUCAACAAGAAGUUCAUGUUUUAUGUGCUGAAGUCUAGUGACGUGUUGGAUGUUUUAGUCCCUAUACUUUACUACCUGAACGAUGCCAGGGCCGACCAAUCCCGUGUUGGAUUGAUGCAUAUUGGUGUAUUCAUCCUGCUACUGUUGAGCGGGGAGAGGAACUUUGGGGUGCGACUAAACAAGCCCUACACCGUACGGGUACCGAUGGACAUCCCCGUGUUCACAGGAACGCAUGCCGACUUUCUCAUCAUAGUUUUCCAUAAAAUCAUCACCACUGGCCACCAGAGACUGCAGCCUCUGUUUGACUGUCUACUCACCAUCAUUGUAAAUGUAUCACCAUAUCUGAAGACUUUGUCAAUGGUAGCCAGUACCAAGCUUCUGCACUUACUAGAGGCCUUUAGUACCCCCUGGUUCCUGUAUGCUUGUCCCACCAACCACCAUCUUGUUUUCUUCCUACUGGAGGUCUUCAAUAAUAUCAUACAGUACCAGUUUGAUGGCAACAGUAAUUUGGUCUACACCAUUAUCCGUAAGAGGAAUGUGUUCCACCAGCUUGCCAAUCUGCCCACAGAACACUCAGCCAUAGCGAAGGCCCUCACAAAGAGGAGCAAGAAGUUCACCAACCUGACCCCCGACACCAAGGAAGAGCUACCACUGAUGGAGGGCUCUAUUCCUGCCACAGAGGCUGAGCCGGGUACCCUCAAAACCUCCCUUGCUGACACGCCUC